AGAUUUUUUUGUGUGCUGGCGAGGCAACCAAAUGCAUUAACUGAAAAACUAAACGCAAAAUAACUGUAAAGCAAUUUCGUGUCGUGACGUGCUGUUGCGUAAAUUGUUGUAGUUGUUAGUCCGAGCGUGAGAGGGAGAGAGCCGCGUGUGAGAGAGAAAGACAGCAUACGAAGAUGGAGGAUCGCAUGAUGGCCCACACCGGGGGCAUGAUGGCACCGCAAGGCUACGGCCUGCCCGGCCAAGAUGAUGGCCAAAAUGCGGGCAACGAGAAUGAGGUGCGCAAGCAGAAGGACAUCGGCGAAAUCCUACAACAGAUCAUGAGCAUCUCGGAGCAGUCGCUGGACGAGGCGCAGGCCAGGAAGCACACACUCAACUGUCAUCGCAUGAAGCCGGCCUUGUUCUCCGUUCUGUGCGAGAUCAAGGAGAAGACAGUCCUUUCCAUUCGUAACACGCAAGAGGAGGAGCCACCAGAUCCACAGUUGAUGCGCCUGGACAACAUGCUCAUCGCCGAGGGCGUGGCUGGUCCCGAGAAGGGUGGCGGUGGAGCUGCUGCCGCCUCAGCUGCGGCCGCCAGCCAAGGCGGCUCCCUGUCCAUCGAUGGAGCGGACAAUGCCAUCGAACAUUCGGACUAUCGAGCCAAGUUGGCACAAAUUCGUCAGAUCUAUCACCAGGAGCUGGAGAAGUACGAACAGGCAUGCAACGAGUUCACCACACACGUCAUGAAUCUGCUGCGCGAACAGAGCCGCACCAGGCCCAUCACACCCAAAGAAAUCGAGCGCAUGGUCCAGAUCAUCCACAAGAAGUUCAGCUCCAUCCAAAUGCAGCUGAAGCAAUCGACCUGCGAGGCGGUGAUGAUACUGCGAUCGCGUUUCCUCGACGCCCGCCGCAAGCGACGCAACUUCAGCAAACAGGCAUCGGAGAUACUGAACGAGUAUUUCUACAGUCACUUGAGCAAUCCGUAUCCAUCCGAAGAGGCCAAGGAGGAGUUGGCGCGCAAGUGCGGCAUAACAGUCUCACAAGUAUCGAAUUGGUUCGGCAACAAGCGCAUUCGCUAUAAGAAGAACAUUGGCAAGGCCCAAGAGGAGGCCAAUCUGUAUGCAGCCAAAAAGGCGGCCGGCGCCUCGCCCUAUUCAAUGGCUGGGCCACCGAGCGGCACAACAACGCCAAUGAUGUCGCCAGCACCGCCACAGGACUCGAUGGGCUAUCCGAUGGGCGGCUCCGGUGGCUACGAUCAGCAGCAGCCAUACGACAAUAGCAUGGGCGGCUACGAUCCCAAUCUGCAUCAGGAUCUAAGUCCUUGAGGAUAGGCGGGCCAAAGCUAAACAACAACAAGAACAGCAAGCAAAACAACUAA